CUAUAAUUAUAAAACAACGCCUGCCUGAAAAACCAAUCAAGCCUCGCUCCCAUGUCUACAGAAGAGACGGCGGACGAGCAAGACGGCGCCGCUGUCCACGGCGACAUUUUGGAGUGUAUUCUCUCUCACCUCCCUCUCAUAGAUCUCGCCUCCUCCUCCUCCGUUUCACGUGGCUGGGAACGCGCCGUCUCUUCCUCUCUCUCUCAUUUCAACGCCCUCAAACCAUGGCUCCUCCUCCAUUUCCACCCCAAAUCCUCUCCUUCCGCCGCCGCAUACGACCCUCGCUCCGCCGUCUGGAUGAACAUCAACUACCACUCUCCGAUCCCCCCCACCGCCCAUCUCCAAUCAUCUCACUCCUCUUUACUUUACACACUCACCCCCUCCAAAUUCUCUUUCUCAAUCGACCCCCUCCACCUCACGUGGCAACACGUGGAUCCCCCGCUGACUUGGCGAACCGACCCAAUAGUUGCCCUCGUUGCCCACAGACUCAUCGUCGUCGCCGGCACGUGCGUCUUCAACGACGAACCUCCCGCCGUUGAAAUUCACGACUUGAAAUCCAACACGUGGGACACGUGCGAAGAAUUACCCUCAAUCUUCGCCGAAUACGCAACCGCCAUGUGGUUCUCGAUUGCCGUUGACGACAACAAUUUACACGUUAUGCAUAAAGCAUCCGGAGCGGUAUUUUCAUUCGACCCGAUAAAUAAAUCAUGGGCCGGGCCAUUUGACAUGAAACCCGACCCGGAUAUUUUUACAUCGAUAAUCGGAUUUGCCGGCGGCGGAAUGGUGAUUGUAGGACUCUUGGGGUCGCCGGAGGAUGUUAAAAGCGUGAAGAUAUAUAAAGUGGUGGUUCAAUUUUUUCAGUGUCGGAAAAUUGGGGAAAUGCCGAAGUCAUUCGUUGAGAAAUUGCAAGGAGAGAGUGCAGAAAUGGCGUCGAUCGGCAUGUCGUCGGCCGGAGAUUUCAUAUUCCUUCACCACGGUUCUGACCCAGUGGAGGUGAUACAGUGCGAGGUGGUCAGCGGCGGCGAUGGCGGUUGCAGGUGGGGAAUUGUCCCGAAUACGGUGGUGGAUGAUCGGACACGGCUCCGGCGAUUGGUGUUCACCAGUUCCAACGUGGGCGUAGAAGAUUUGCAGAGAGCGUUGAGAUCAGAAAGUCCUCAAACCACCAUCAAGGUCAAGGAAUCCGACGGACUGAAUUAGAUCACUUUUUUUAUAAAAAAAACACAUCUAUUUUCUGGAUAUUAUGUUUAUGUUUUUUCUAAUAUAUGGAAAUUUCUGUC